AGAUUUCUCUUAGCGCGGUUGGGCCUCUCUUGCGCAAACACCCCCAAAUUUGGAAAUCUAACUCCCCUUUGUAAAGCCCCACCACAUCAGGGCUAAGGACGAUCCAUACUCGACGACAAGACAUCUAAAUAUACCAAUCGAAUAAUUCAAUCUCACUAUAUUUCCGAGACUCCCACAAGAAAAUCAACAUUCGCGAUACGCUCCAUUGAGAAAUUGGCCCUUGAAGCGCAAAGGAGACCAAGUGGGAGGUUCUAGAGGAAUAAGACACACAAUCAGCAGUUAAUUUCAGCACCAACCGCGAGAAUGACUUCAAAGGCUAUGUGGGAGGUCGAUCCGGAAACAAGGUCAAAGGUAUUCUAUUCUCUUCGCAUUAUAUGGGCCAUUGGCGCAGAUAACCAUCAUUUCAUUUCCAACACAAGCACUCAUGCUAAACGUGUCUUGAAUCCAGCUCCUUGAUAUUUCCAAAACCAAUGGUAACGACAGAUGCAUCGACUGUAAUGCACCCUCUCCGCAGUGGGCUUCUCCAAAAUUCGGCGUUUUCAUCUGCUUAUCAUGCGCCGGCGUUCACCGAGGAUUGGGGGUUCACAUUAGUUUUGUUAGGAGUAUUACGAUGGAUGCUUUCAAGGCGCAAGAGAUUGAGCGGAUGAGAGAAGGAGGAAACAAAACGUGGCGGGAAUUUUUCGAUCAGGAUGAGAGAAAUGUUAUGAGUGGUAUCACGUAAGUGGUCUAUCUUUGUGACAGGAUCUCAAGGUAAGCAGAGAAUUGGCACAUGACUGACGAUUUCAAAGUUGGGACGAUGCAACAAUUGCUGAGCGAUAUUCUGGUGAAGUUGGAGAAGAAUAUAAGGAACGGCUCACUGCGAAAGUCGAGAAACGAGACUACGUUCCUGUACCUAAAGCACCCGCGUCAAAAUCUACGACUGCCGCUACAUCAAUCUCAAACCACAGUUCCAGCAACUCUCGAUCACAAUCACAAACUCCUCUUGGGGCACGAAACUCCAGUCCUUCUAAUGGAAAAGUAAAGGUUGAUGAUAGAUACUUUGCUGGGCUUGGAGCUGCGAACGCAAACCGAUCGGAGGACUUACCACCUUCACAAGGAGGCAAAUAUGCAGGAUUCGGAAGCCAACCUAUUGAGAGAGAAGAUAAUAAUGCCGGAUUACCCGGUUUUGAAGAUUUGCAGAGAGACCCUGUGGCAGCACUGACAAAGGGCUUUGGAUGGUUCACAACUACUGUGGGAAAGACAGCAAAGACUGUUAACGAGGGUUACAUACAGCCUACAGCUGCAAAGGUAAUCUCGAUUCCUUAACAUGCGCAGAUAUCCAAGCGCCUUCAUAUUCGCACAAUCGACAUUAACUGACAAUAACUUCUCACAGAUCGCCGAAUCCGAAGUAGCGAAACAAGCGCAACUUACUGCUGCUCAAGUUGCACGGAAUGCACAAAAUGGAGCCAAGACUGCAGCAGAGGGAUUUAACCGCUUUGUAGAAGGCAGUGGUGGUGGUUCCUCGAGAGAUGUACCGAUUGAUGAGAGUAAGAAGGAUUUCUGGGAUAGUUUUGCAGACGCAGGGGCUAAGAGACAACAUGCACCGAGUGCGUCGAUUGGGACAGCCGCUGUUAAGAGGAAUGGCGGUAGUGGGAAUGGAAGCGGAGUUGCAGCAAAGAAAGAUGAUGAUUGGGAGAAGUGGUAGAGGUAGGUUUUUGGGGAUACGGAAGGAGAUUAAAGGGAUGAUUGGAUGAAGAGAACGGAUGAGUGAAUGUAUAUAUACAUAGACCGUACGGUCAAAGAAGACGUUUUAGCGAUACUUGGGAGAAAUAAUUGAAGAUUGCUUGGUUUAACAGGCAGUUUUCUAGCUGCGCAUAUUUUUCACAGUUGAGAUGAUGAG